AUGUCUUCAGGAUCCCGAGGUCCCCCAUUGGACCGAUAUGGGAGCGACAACGACUACAAGCGCCGAAAGAACUUCUAUGCGUCUUCUACGCGACGUGACUUCAAGAGCACAUCGGGCCUGGCUUCAUCGCCGGCUGGCCCAGGUCUGUCACUGCUAUCACAAUCUAAACCGCCAGCAAGAGCUGAAAAGCCAGGCGCUGGUGAAUACUCCAGCAGACCCCGUUUCCGUGAUUCAGUAUCCACAGGUUCUGCGCCAUCUUCGGGCAGCAGAAGCAAUUCUUACCUGAAAGAUUCCAGAUAUGGCUACGGGAACAAGCUGUAUUCCUCGUACCAAUCGGGGUACUACCACGAACGAAAUGCUGAAAGAGGUGGCGAGCGUAACUCCACAGGCGCAUACGGCUCUUUCAACGGUACAAAACGGGACUCAGAUUUCCAAGGUUAUGCUUCCAAUGCCAGAGAUUCCACCUCUCGAGAUUUAGUGAAUGGCGCGCCACGCGAGAAUGGCCUGUUUUCUAGGGACACAUGGAGGGGCGAAAGGUCCAAACCCAGCUCCAACAGUACUUCAAAGCCGUUCUUUUCUGGCCGGUUCAAUCCAAACAAUAUUCCUGUCAAUUCCAGAAGCGGCCUGAAUGGGUUAGUUUCAUCAGUCUCGGGAGACCACAAGAAAGAGCGUUAUGAUUCUUAUAAUGAUGGUUCAUACGGAAGUCGCUGGAAGAACUCGUAUUCGCAAAGAUCCGAGAAAGGCAGCCGAUCAUCUCGUCCUCCACAAUCAGGUAGUCGCCAGCAUUCUGCCAAGGAACGGAUCCGUAGCUCUGGCCUCACUAACAGCUUGGGCACACCGAAAAGAGGCGAAUCAUACUACCCAUCUAAAAAGUAUUCCGGUCUGUCCAAUCGUUACACCGAUAGAUACUCAGGAAAGGAUUACGAGUAUUCCACGGAACGGAAUGAACAAUACAGCGAUAGCAGAACAGAUAGAUCCAUGUCUCCCAGUACCGAAGGCUACAGAUACCCUGAAGAUAUUCGAGGUGACCAAGAUGAUAGCCUAGAUGUUUCUAUGGAUAAUUAUGAUGAAGAAGUGGAUGAAGAUCGCCAUAGACACGAACACGAUGACGAUGGAAAUGAUGAUAUGGAUGACGAAGUAGAUGAUGAUGAAUUGGAAGACGACGAUGAAGAUGACGAAGAUGAUGAAGAAGGUCACGAAGACGAAAAAGUAGAUGAAUACGAUGAGGAAGGCAAUGAGGAUGACGAAGAAGUCGACGUCUACGACAGGAACAUCUUGAAUGCAGAAAAUGAUAAGUUGCACUCGGCAGAGCCUGUCAAACCACAUCUUAUUCGUGCGCACGAUACCCAACCUUCAGAUGCCGUAACCAAUGUCGCAACAACUGUUCCAAUUGACUUAAAUGGCCCCGUGGACUAUCCUGAAGGCUGCAACUUUCCUCUUGGAGAAAUUGAGACCCAAUUCCUUGAAAUCAACAAAGAAUUUAAGGGGGCGUCUUUAAAAGGCGAAGAGGAUAGCUUCAUGAGGUUCUCUUUGUCGAAGCCUGUUGCAGACCUCUCCGUAUAUCCGUUUUACAAGAGGAAUCUCGUGCACUUCUCUAAUAGCUUCCCGCAAUAUCUAAGCACCGUUCGCGGUAACAAAGAAGCAUUAAAGAAGAAGAGACUCUCUCUUUGGGUUGAAUAUGAGACUCUAAGAAAGGAAAACAAUACGAAGAGAGGGUUUCUUGAAGAGCAAUUGAAGGUAUUACAUCCACCAGACGAUGACAUGAGGCGUGAACUUGAAUCCAUCGAUAUCAGGGUUAAGACAACAGAACCAACUAAUGAAGUCUCUUAUGCUCAUGCUGACUCUCCGCCACAAUCGGGCCGUCGUGGAAGAAGACAUGGAGAUUUGGUUACAACCGAGGCCGAGUUUCAGGAAAUUCUUAAAAGUCUCGAGAAUGAGCAAAAUGAAGAUCCUAUGAAACGUGCUGAAAGAGUUGCGGCUACAAUUCCUGAUUUAAUUCUUGAUCCGGUGUUAAGGGAUGGUUUCAAGUACAUGGAUUCCAACAAUAUUGUUCACGACAAGCAAGCUUGGACAACCAGAGUGAAGACGGAUUUCAUGGACAACUUCACCGAAAGAGAACAUGAAAUGUUUUGUGAGGCUUUCUGCAGAUUUCCUAAGCGCUUCGGGCAGAUUUCGAGAUUCAUGGGAGGCAUUCGCCAUGCUGAGGAAUGCGUGGUUCACUAUUAUAUGACAAAGAAGGCUGUCAACUACAAGUUUUUGGUGUCACAGUUCAAGAAGAAGAAUACCAAGAAAGCGACACGUCGGAAAUCGAAGCCUAAAGCGGCAGUUCAGGAGACCUCCACUGAUACUGCCCCAUCAUCAACUGUUGAGAACUCUCAAAGUUUGCAAUCUCCACCUAAAGAGGCUGAAGAACCUCAGAAUUCACACGUUGACAUCGAUAAUAAGAAAAAGAGAAGAACCGAGCAGGGGGCGGAGGAAAGCGACGAUGUCGUCAAGACAGAAAAUAUGGAGUCUCAACCUAGAAAGAAAAGUAAAUCAAAGGGAGACGAAGAAAGCGUACCAUUUCCUGUGCAGCCGACUGAGAGAAACCCAGUUGCCGAAAUGACUCCCAUGACUGGAAUGUCAGCGGUUGAUUUCAUUCCUCAACCAGAUAUCAUGAACCCCACUACUUCUGUACAUCCAGAUGUUUCCAAUGCUGAUCAGCAAAGUGAAUUAGUCAUUGUGCAAGGUCACCCAGAAGAGAAGAAGAAGCAUAUCUCAAGUUACUGGAGCAUUACCGAAGUCAACGAGUUUCCACAACUACUAAAGGUCUAUGGAUCAAGGUGGUCUUGCAUUGCUGAGAAACUUGCAACCAAAACGGCUACCAUGGUACGAAAUUAUUACCAAAGAAACGGGAACAAACAUGGGUGGGAGGAUAUCGUUCAAAGUGCAGAUCACAGACUAGCACAGGAUUCCAACACUGAAGAUAGCAAGUUUUCCAAUGUCGACACUACCAUAGUCGUGAAACCUCAGAAAACAUCACACAUUGACAUCCCUAAGACGGAGAUUCAUGUUUACGAUGCGGUGGAUGAGCAGGGAAGACGUCAAGAGGCAAAUCAGCCACCAGCAGUACAUGCGCUACCUUUAGCACAGAUCCAACAGCCAGCGGUCCCCAUGGGUACAUUCCAACAUUCUGCACCUUUUUAUCCAACACGGCUUCCCGGCCUUUCCAACAAUUCUUCAGAGAUCAAGAGACUGAAUGUUAAUGAACUUCUUUCCAACACUCCAAACAAGCCAGAACCUCCAGUGAACCAUGGUGCCAUUAGAAGUCCGAUAUUGGCUCCCAUCGCACCAGCACCACCACCAGCACCUGUACAUAUCUCGGAAGCGCCUAGGCAGGAUGUACCAAGACAGGAAAUACCAACUGAGGAGCCUCGAAAGGAAGCACCACGAGAAACAGCUAAAUCGUCCAUAAUGAAUUUGCUCAACAGUGAAGUCAGUGCUGAGGCACCAGUGCAUCAGCUUCCACCGUCCAAACCUAGCAAUUUGGCCGCACUAUUGAAUGCCCAGACAGCACCACCCAUCUUGCUGCCCCCAACACAAGGAAAUGAACGGAGAGGCAGCAUCAAAUCUUUACUCGCCGACUAG